UUGGUUGGUAUCGGUGGCCUCCAUUUUGAAAGACGAUCCCGGCUCCGAAACGCGAGUUUAUUGUUGUUCGCGUCCACGUUGUGAUCCGGUUAGUUUCGGCGUCAGUGCGUUUUAAAGAUUUCUUAAACGCGUAUAAGAUCGUGAAUACAAUCGCGAGUGCGGUCGCGAUUGUACGGUGCAGUACAGUGGACAAAAGCAGGCGACAGCAGGAAAAUGCAGGGGACAAUAAUCGAAAACCUGAGCGGCAAGAAGCUCUCAGUGCUAGUGGUACUUUUGAUAAUCGCGCAAAUAGUUUGCUUUCUGAUAGGCGGUUUAAUUGCUCCAACACCUGCCAGUAGUCAAAAUAUUCUUGGCACACCAUGCAAAGACAUUCGUGUUAAUGCUUCUCAUCCUGAUGAAAAUAAGUGGUUUUAUUCAAGAGGAAAUGGUUCUUGUAUUCCAGCUGAUACGCAUCACUUUAGUUUAGACACUCAUGAGCAACCUUAUCAAAUUGUAUAUGCAUUUCAGAUGCCUGUUCCUCGGAACAGUCUGCAGCUUGAUUAUUCGAGAUGGCAACAAAAUUUAAUAGGCGUUUUACAAGUGGACAUUUCUUACAUCAAGCAAAUUGAAAUUGCUCCUAGGACAAAAGUAACACUGGACGCACGGCUAGCGUAUCGAAAUAAGCUUGAUCCAGAUGAUGAAUGGAAACCAUAUGCUGCUUCGAUUGUGGAGAGAAUUUUGGAUUGCAGCAUAGACAAGCCAGUGGACCAUUAUAAUUACAAUUGUAGUGUUAUGCCCUUGUUUGAACUAGGUUCAUUAUACCAUGAUUAUUACUUGUUAAAUAUUCGUCUUCCUUCCGAUAUAAACAAGAAUCAAGGAUUAGGACAUGUUGUCGAUCUUUGGCUUACAGCUAUUAAUCAAAAUGGUGGAUUCACGAAAGUAUGGGUGAGUCUAAAGACUGUUUACUUCCCAAUAGUGCUUUGUGUUUUGGCUUGGUAUUGGAAGAGAGUGUAUAUGUUAUCCAGAUCACCCGCACUCUUGGAAUACAUGCUCUUAGCUUUGGGUUCUGCGUUAACAUUUUUGAAUCUACCUCUGGAAUAUCUAACACUUGCUUACGAUAUGCCAUUUAUGCUACUUCUGGGUGACAUUCGACAAGGAGUAUUUUAUGCGAUUUUGCUGUCAUUUUGGCUUGUAUUUGCAGGUGAACAUUUAAUGAUUCAGGAGGGUGAACAAAGUAAUUCAUUGAAAUGCUACUGGCGGCAUCUUUCUGCAGUAGGUACCGGAUGUCUCUCGCUCUUUGUAUUUGAUAUGUGCGAACGUGGUGUACAACUGAGAAAUCCAUUCUACUCAAUUUGGGUUACCGAUCUUGGAACAAAAUUGGCACUAUCUUUCAUAAUUCUUGCUGGCAUAUCAGCUGGAGUGUACUUGCUGUUUUUGUGUUAUAUGAUAUGGAAGGUAUUUAUGAACAUUAGCGCGAAGAGAGCGGUUUUACCCAGCAUGAGCUCGGCACGGCGACUGCAUUACGAAGGAGUUAUAUACCGUUUCAAAUUCUUGAUGAUAGCAACAUUAUUAUGCGCAUCGUUGACUGUUAUUGGCUUUAUAUUAGGACAGGUUGCAGAAGGUCAAUGGAAAUGGGACGAAGAAUUACAGUUGGAAAUGACUUCUGCCUUUUUCACUGGCGUGUAUGGAAUGUGGAACAUCUAUAUCAUUGCAUUAUUAUGCCUCUAUGCACCUUCUCACAAGCAAUGGCCAAUUGAACCAUCUGAAAACAGUCUUAGCGAAGAAAUUGAAUUUUCUCCCUUGCCGACUGACCCUAAUGAAAUGCUAUCUCUAACCGCAUUUGCACGAAAAACAGCAGUAGAGUAAAUACUAUGAAUAAGACGUUAGGAUUUUUUACAUGAAUCUACAAUCAAAAUUUAAAUCAAAAACUAUUUGAUAACACUUUACAGAUAAUUAUAUGUAUUUGAUGUAACACUGAGAUAUCUACUGUAGUACUCAGGAGACACUGAUCACAAAGUAAUUAGUAAUAUGCAAUAGACUUUCUCCAUAAUAUCGAUUUAAUGUUAGCAUAUAUUAAUCGCAUAAAUAGUGUAAUGGUAUUUGAACUAGACAUAUAUCUGGAAUUUAUAAAAGAUUACUUUGCUUUUAUAUGAAUAAUCAGUUAAAAUUAUUACUUCAACAGCAAUCCAGUGAUCAAAUGAUCCAAGGCUUUUGAAUAAUUUUUUUAAUAGUCAACAAAAUUUUAUUACAGUUUUAUAAUCUUUAAAAAGAACUGUAUUAUGUAUUGUAUUGUACCGAAAAUAAUUGUAUUUAUAGUAUCCUGGCGCAACUGAAUAUUAUAUCUAUCUUGUGUAUCA